UUGCUUGAACGUAUGCCCGUGCUCUAGUCUCUCUUUCAAGAUUUUUCUUCCUGAAAAUAAAAAGAAAUAAGCCCAACCUUUUCUCCACUUUAUUUUUAAAAUCGAAAUAUUUAUCAGUGCUCCACCGAUUUUGAAUUUCUUUUACUGUAAAAUUAGGGCAAUCUUCAGAACAAUCACUGCUAUUGGAAUCAAAUCACUUGAAUAUUGGACGAAGGCCGACGCGAUUACAUCACAAAAAUGGCAACACUAGCUGAUUCUUUCCUUGCUGACCUUGAUGAGUUAUCCGACAACGAUGCUGAUAUUGUCGAUGAAGAUGAUGAUGUAGAGGCAGGAAACAUGGAAGAGGAUGUCGAUGGAGACUUGGCGGACAUUGAAGCUCUUAACUAUGAUGAUUUGGACAGUGUGUCAAAAUUGCAGAAAACACAACGAUUUAAUGAUAUAAUGCAGAAAGUGGAAGAUGCACUUCAGAAGGGCUCAGAUGUCCAAGAUCAUGGAAUGGUAUUGGAAGAUGAUCCUGAAUAUCAGCUAAUAGUGAACUGCAAUGCAUUGUCAGUUGACAUUGAGAAUGAAAUUGUUAUCAUCCACAAUUUUAUUCGUGACAAGUACCGGCUGAAAUUUCCAGAGCUUGAAUCACUUGUCCAUCACCCAAUUGAUUAUGCUCGUGUUGUGAAGAAGAUUGGAAACGAGAUGGAUUUGACCCUUGUUGAUAUGGAAGGGCUUAUACCUGCCGCUAUCAGAAUGGUGAUUUCUGUGACAGCAUCCACAACAAGUGGCAAACCGCUUCCUGAAGAAGUCCUUCAAAAGACAAUUGACGCUUGUAAUCGAGCUCUUGCACUUGAUUCAGCAAAGAAGAAGGUCCUUGAUUUUGUAGAAACAAGAAUGGGUUACAUUGCACCAAAUCUUUCUGCUAUUGUUGGUAGUGCUGUUGCUGCAAAACUUAUGGGGAUGGCUGGUGGUCUCACAGCCUUAGCCAAGAUGCCUGCCUGCAAUGUUCAGCUUCUUGGUGCCAAGAAGAAGAACCUUGCAGGAUUUUCUACUGCAACAUCCCAAUUCCGUGUUGGUUAUAUAGAGCAAACAGAGGUGUUUCAGUCCACACCACCUUCUUUGAGAAUGCGUGCUGGUCGACUAUUGGCCGCAAAAUCAACACUUGCUGCACGAGUAGAUUCUACUAGAGGAGAUCCAUCAGGAAACACUGGAAGAACCCUGAGGGAAGAGAUUCACAAGAAAAUAGAGAAGUGGCAAGAGCCUCCUCCUGCAAAGCAACCUAAACCACUUCCAGUUCCUGAUUCUGAACCUAAGAAAAAGAGAGGUGGGCGGCGCCUAAGGAAGAUGAAAGAAAGAUAUGCUAUAACAGACAUGAGGAAGCUUGCCAAUAGGAUGCAAUUUGGGGUACCUGAAGAGAGUUCUUUGGGUGAUGGGCUGGGGGAAGGUUAUGGUAUGCUUGGUCAGGCUGGGAAUGGCAAGCUGCGUGUAUCAAUUGGUCAGAGCAAACUCGCAGCGAAAGUUGCUAAGAAGUUCAAGGAGAAGAAUUAUGGAAGCAGUGGUGCUACUUCUGGCCUCACCUCAAGUCUGGCAUUUACUCCUGUUCAGGGGAUUGAGCUCACAAAUCCACAAGCUCAUGCGCACCAACUUGGCAGUGGGACACAAAGCACCUAUUUUUCUGAGAAUGGAACCUUUUCAAAGAUCAAGAGGGCCUGAUUAUGCAAAAUCUCACGCUGGCUGUUUUGUAUUAGUCUGUACAUUAAAUCAUGUGCAAGGGAGAUGUCUAGAUGAACUUGUAACUAACCUUAUGGAUUAUAGUUCUUUCACCACCAGUUUUGUUUAUCAACAUGAGGGGUAUCUUGAAUCUCAAAAUCACUUGGCUAGAUAUGACAAUCUUAAUGUCAAGAUUACGCGAGCUGUUCCUUCUUAUUCAUUCUCAUUAUAACAGAGUAAUGAUAACAACCUUGGAUACCAGAUAUCAUAUGCUCGCCAAGUUAUACCUCCUGGCUUUGGAACUUUACAUAAAUUGUGCUUUGAUUUUUCA